GGGAAUAUUUUUUUUAUGAGAACAAAAAAUAACUCUGUAUAAUUAUUUCGAAUUUCGUCCCAAUAGUACAGAGUCCUUUGAAAAAAAAAACUUUUUACAGCAGAGAAUCUUUGCAGAGAGAACAUAAACCACUCCAUUCCCCACUUUUAUCUAUCAUUUUUUUCUCUACAAAAAGGAAUAAAAUACAACUUCCAUCAUUAUUUCGUGCUCUUCCACCAUGGAAAUCCAAAAAUUGCUUCUCAAAUUCAAAUUCCACAUCUUAAUUGCAUCAACUUUUACGAUUUUCAUCUUCGCUCUCAUUUACCUUGCACCUCGAUUUCUCGAUGUUGUUAAGUACUUUUGGCCUCUUUUACUCUCUACUGCUCUCUUCCUAGUCGCUGUCGUUCUCUUUGGAUGGAUUUCUCCGCCGGUAUCUGAGUUUUCCGGUGAGAAAACCGGUGAAGGUAUUUUGGAUUUCGUAGCGGGUGAAACCGAACAAUUACAACCGCAUCUACAUGAAGUAGAUGAACACGAAGGAGGUGGAGAAGAAGGUGAAAGUAGUAAAGUAGAGUGAAGUGAAAGGAAUUUAAUGGUUAUUUCUGCUUCUUUUUGUUAUUAGAUACUCUUUUUUCCCUUUCUAUCUGUUUUUUUUCUUUUUUUAAUUAUGUACAUUUUCAGAAUAAUGUUAACUUGCAUUAUUGGCCUGCA